UUUAACGUCGUGUAUUGCUCGCAAACGCUCCAGUUUGCGAAUCUUGUCUACUGAAGGUGGUUCAUAAUACGGUUGCGAGAAUGUCAAAGUGGAGUGUUACUUUGCUCUUCAUUGGGCUGGCGCUGUUCCUAGUUUGUGAUGGAUCUCCGCUGUCCCAUGAGAGCUCUGAUCCGGACGAAAUGUAUACGGCGGGAAUGCCGGGUUUUGCGAAAAGACUGUUUAAAGAGUGCAAAAAAAACACUGGCUCUAUUUUCGCCUUCGCUGCAGUAAUGGAAGCGUACGCUAACUCCACGAUGUGUCUGUCUCAGUUCGAUGGCCAGAGUUUCAUGAUGGCUGUUGAUCAGCUGACGGACGCAACACGAACAGCAUUCUUUAGCAAAUACUGUGCUGAAGCACGAACGCUCUUUUCAUGCUUUGAUGCCGUGCAGGCCAGUUCGAGACCAUGCCUGAAUGAGCGAGACUUUAAUCUCUUGAAGGGCGUAACUAACAGCAUUCCGAAAGCCUUGGACCUUGUGUGUAAAAACGAUGGAGAAAUCAUAUAUAAACUGAAAAGCGAGAAAAAUCAGGUGUGCUUUAUGCAGAAAGUUGAUCAAUUGAAGAUGUGUGUUAGCACGUUCGAGACUAGCUGGAACUACGAUUGGAAUGCGGCCGAACUGACCAAGGAUCAAUGCAGCGUAAUUACGAGCUACAGACAGUGCAUGAAGGAACAACUGGACGCUUGUAACUUGUCGGAUGCUCUGCGCAUUUUCGAUAUUGUAAAAGAUGCCUUUUUACUUCAGACGCCUUGUGUAAACUCAAAGGUUGACCUGAUUGAUAUGAACUCGGCUAAUGAGGUUUAGCACAGAGGGCAAACGAUCAGGGUUAUAGUUGGGGAGAUAAGCUUUCGCUACAAUUUCGGCGACGCUCUUUCGAAGCAAAUUUGUUGGCCAUCCCCACACUUCGAAGUACCGAGCAGCAGAAUGACUGGCCGCUUAAUGAAAUGAAAACCACGAAUGCAUAAUAAAGCUAAUGAUUUGCAGCAAAAAACAAC